CUCUCCUUCAUCACACACACACACUUCACGCUCACUGUGUGUUUUCAUGGUACCAACGAAGCAAAACAAUAUCAUGGCCCCAUCGCUAUAACUAUGACCUCUGACCUGUCAGUGUGUGUUUCUCUCUCACACACAACCACCGUAACACACACCCAGUCUCUUGUAUAAACCGCCGGUUACAUUAUAAUAUUUUCAAGAUUUCUUUAUGGGAAUCACAAAACAAUGGUUUAGAUUUACAUGCCCGAUUAACCUAAAAAACAAACCCCAAAAAACCCCUUAAAACUACUCAUAUGGCAGCUACUGCCUCUUCAGACCAUCAUAAAAUUCAUCUCCACAAAAAUCCCACCACCACUAUUAAGUUCAGACGCCGCCGGCUCAAAGAAACCACCAUUUCCUCCACCGCCAUCACCACCACAAACCACCAUCAACACCCAUCUGUUGUUUCCCCGGAAAAUAGUUCUUGGUGCUGUCCCUCCGUUGUAUCCUCUUCCAAACCCCCACCACAACCCCCUUCGCCGCAAACAACCACCAGUAAGCCUCAACCCAGUUCAGAUUCUCCGGCGUUGCCUCCGUCGAGGGAAUCUUUAUCCGACGACUCGUCGUUAAGUAUUGAGAAGUUCCUUAUUUUAUCUUCCAAUUCACCGGUAAAUCUUGACAAGACAAACAUGACCACUACCACCGCCGUGUACGGUGGCGGGUCUAACCACCAAGAAACGUUCCCAUCUUCUUUUACCAAUUUCAACUCUGCUCUCACUGCCGGACUCUUGAAUCCGAUGUCUCCGCCGCCACCCACCAAUGAUAAAACCCGAUCCAGUCCAACCCUUUUCGAGAUGAUGGCUAAUGAACCUGAUUCUAAGAUCCCCAACCAUCCAAACGGCAAUGUCUCAUAUCCAACCCCAAAAAAACCCAACAAUCAUGUGAUCCCACCGAUUAUUAUCGACAAACAAGCUUUGAUGCAACAGCGGUUGUUGGAUCUUUUGUCCUGUCGUAGCCCCGGGAGCCAAUUCAAUGACCCAAAUUCGAGUGAUGUGAAGCUGACUUUGACCUCAAAAGAUGGUUUGAGUGUUUCCAUGAAUGCUCAUAGGCAGAUCUUGUUGUGUCAUAGUCGAUUUUUUGCCGUUAAAUUGUCAGAGUAUCGAUGGAAAGGGGGUCAACAAGGGCAACAACAACCCUACAUUAUUGAGAUUGCUGACUGUGAUGACAUUGAGGUUUAUAUAGAGUCAAUUAGGUUGAUGUAUUGUAAAAAUUUGAGGAGGAAGCUCAUGAAGGAAGAUGUUCCUAGGGUUCUUGGGAUCUUGAAGGUAUCAGCAGCGAUUGGAUUUGACGCUGGUGUUUUAUCUUGUUUGGAGUACCUAGAAGCUGCUCCAUGGGCUGAAGAUGAAGAAGAAAAGGUAUCUUCUUUGUUAUCCGAGCUUCGGCUUGAAGGAGUUGGUGCCACUGAAGUUUUAAAGAGGGUUUCAGUUGAUUUUAGUUCUGGGGUUGAUGAGGGUAACAAUAAUGAAGAAGUGCUUUUGAAGCUUUUACAUACUGUUCUUGACGGAAAGGACGAAAAGGCGAGGCGAGAGAUGAAAGUUUUGGUAGCGAAAAUGCUUCGUGAGAAUUCGUCACAGCACGAUUUGAGAAAGGAAUCUUUAUAUUCCGCUUGCGAAAAAUGUUUGCUUUUGUUAAGAGAACAUUUCUUGAAAGCUUCUAACGGAGAGUUACAAGAUGUUGCCCAAAUCACACGGCAAGCGGAUAAUUUACAUUGGCUUCUUGAUAUUUUGAUCGAUAGACAGAUUGCCGAGGACUUCUUGAAGUCGUGGGCAUCAUUGGCCGAGUUAUCAGAAGUUCAUUCUAAAGUGCCGCCACUUCAUAGAUACGAAAUCAGCAGAGUUACAGCAAGAAUGUUUGUGGGUAUUGGAAAAGGUCAACUUUUGGCUUCAAAAGAUUUGAGGUGUUUGCUGUUACAGACAUGGUUGGUGCCGUUUUAUGAUGAUUUUGCAUGGAUGAAGAGAGCAUCGAGGGGGUUAGAUCGUCAUUUGAUUGAAGAUGGGCUGGGCAAUACUAUUCUGACAUUGCCUUUAUCUUGGCAACAAGAAAUCUUGAUGUCUUGGUUUGACCGGUUUUUGAAUUCUAGCGAUGAUUGUCCAAACAUACAGCGGGCAUUUGAGGUUUGGUGGAGACGGGCUUUUUGGAGAAAGAAUUGCCAGCAACCUGAAAGGUCGCUACAGUUUCGUGUUACAGAUGAAAAUUUCAAGAAUUCUUGAAACUGAGAUAGAGUACAACCAUUGCUUCUCUGAACGAGAAGUUCUGUUGCAUCGGUUAAACCCGUUCUAGUUGAUUGCUGAAGUGUGAAGAGUGGGAAACAGAGGGGAAAAGCCAACAGACAAUGGUAUCAGUUGCAUGCCAGUUUUGCUGUAUGUUCUUCCUUGAACCGGUGAACAUGUACUUACUCGGUGAUUAACCUUUUUAUGCCAAAUAGUUUGAUGUAAAGAUUUGAUUAUUGAUGCUGCUUCGUAAAAAGAUUGAGCUUUUUAGUGCUGAACACGGUUUAGUACAAUCUGUUUCGUGUGGGGUUGAACCAAUUUCUUUUUGUUUAAUGAAAACGAGAACCACCUGACUGACCCGAUUGGCGGUUUGGCU